GAAACAGUACUUCUUUCUUCUACCACUCUAACAGAACCAAAACCCACAAAUAGGAAAUGUGGCGCACAAGCUUACCGGUCCGUACAAUCCUUCUUUCCAAAUCAAAACCUCAUGGCUUUAGCCCUCUUCUCAAGCCAUUCUCGCGCCAUUUCUCUCUCCCAAAAGCCCUAAUUGUUAGCUCAAUUUCUGCUUCGCUUUCUCCAACUCUCAGUUUUAGUGGACGCCCGCAUUUCGGCGGCGUCAACGGCAGCGGCAGUCCUACUUUAGGUAUUGUGAGGUGUGUCUCUUCAAUUUACUCCUCAGCGCCGCAGCCGAAUACCACGGCGGAGUGGAACGAGCCAGUGUCGUCCACUGAAGUUGGCGAUGGUGGAAACCGAGCCGUCGAUGAGGACGCCAAGCCGUCGAUUCCUGUUCGAGCUUAUUUCUUCUCCACUAGUGUGGAUUUGAAGAGCUUAGUGGAACAGAACAAACCCAAUUUUAUUCCACCAACGUCUCGUAUGACUAACUACGUUGUACUCAAGUUUGGGAAUCUAUCUGAAUCCACUGGUUUGGGGGCUUUCAUAAGCGGAAGUAAAUGCUGUUACAUGGUAGUGUUUCAAUAUGGCUCUAUUGUCUUGUUUAAUGUCCGUGAACAUGAGGUUGAUGAUUAUCUGAAUAUUGUAAGAAACCAUGCAUCAGGAUUGCUUCCUGAAAUGAGAAAGGAUGAAUAUGAGGUGCGGGAGAAGCCAACAUUGAACACAUGGAUGCAAGGUGGCCUAGAUUACAUAAUGCUGCAGUUCUUGAAUAUUGAUGGAAUCCGUACAAUUGGUAGUGUCCUUGGUCAAAGUAUUGCUCUUGAUUACUAUGGGCGUCAGGUUGAUGGGAUGGUUGCAGAAUUUACCGAUAUAAAUCGUGGAAUGGAAAAAACUGGAACAUUUUCUAUGGAUAGCAAAAAACUAUUUCAAAUAGUAGGGAAAGCUAAUUCUAACCUUGCUGAUGUGAUCCUUAAGCUUGGACUGUUUGAGAGGUCAGAUAUUGCCUGGAAAGAUGCAAAAUAUGCCCAAAUAUGGGAAUAUCUAAGAGAUGAAUUUGAAUUAACUCAAAGAUUUGCAAGUCUCGAUUUUAAGUUGAAGUUUGUAGAGCACAAUAUUCGUUUUCUUCAGGAAAUUCUGCAAAAUAGGAAAUCUGACUUCUUGGAAUGGCUCAUUAUUGUCUUGAUAAGUGUUGAAAUCAUUAUCUCUAUAUUUGACAUUACUCAGAGGUCAGGAUUUAAAUUCUUCAAAUUUUUUUAAUUUCAAUUUUUCCAGCAAUAUACACGAAGGGAUUAUGAUUGUAGCUGGCACCUGAUAAAUUUGUAUAUCUUCUUCAAAUAGCUGAAUUUGUGUAUACAUGUGCCAAGUUAUAAUAUAGAGCUUUGUCAAAUUUUUGUUUC